AUGACUGAACCUAGAACCCUUAUGGAUCUAAAGUUUGACGAGCUUCCAGAUCCUAAAAGAGUAUGGGUUGGACAGCCGGGCAGCCACGAGGAGGGCCUCGGACGACUUGCUCUACUGACGGAAGAACGUGUCCGUAACGCUGCAGCUCAGGAAAUCCGGACUGGCCGGCGUAUCGGGUUGAACUGGGACGUCACGAAAUUGGAGUAUCCAAAUAUGGGGAGAACCCCUUUCGGCCACCAAAUAACACCAAUUUUAGAUGGCGUCGCCUUCGAUGAUAUCUAUACGAUGAAUCCUCAGCAAAGUAGCCAGUGGGAUGGUCUACGCCAUUGGAGCGCCAAGCCACCCGGUGAAGAUGAUCAGCAGGAACGUGUAUUUUAUGGCGGAACGACCAAGGGGGAAAUACUCGACAGAUCGAACGAUCGCAUAGGUACCCAACAUUGGGCUCGCGAGGGUAUCACCGGCCGCGGCGUACUUAUCGAUUAUGUGUCGUGGGCACAGAGGAAAGGCAUCAAGUACUCUACCUUUUCUAAUCAUACCAUCAAGCUCCAGGAUAUCCUUGACAUAGCCCAUGAGCACAAUAUCAUAUUCGAAAGAGGGGAUGUCUUACUUGUACGGAGCGGUGUUAUUAGAGAAUGGGAGGACAAAAUGGACGUCGCGGCUAAGACGGCCUACUCUUCGUCACCUUCGCCGAAGCAUGCGGGAGUAGAGGCAACGCCCGAAGUGUUAAAAUGGUUAUGGGAUACCGGAUUCGCUGCUGUGGCUGGUGACGCUUUAUCGUGGGAAGUAUAUCCUCCACAAGGUGAUAUGUUUCUUCACGAUAUUCUCCUUGUUGGAUGGGGUAUGCCUAUUGGCGAAUUAUUUGACUUGGAAAGGCUCUCUGAGAUUUGUAAGGAGUUGAAUCGGUGGUCCUUUUUCUUUACCUCUAUGCCUAUUAAUAUGCCUGGUGGUGUGUCGUCACCACCAAAUGCCCAAGCGAUAUUCUAA